UGUUGCGCAACCAUUUGGUUAGUUGAAUCCCGACGAUUCCAUAGAAAAUCUUUUUGAACCAUAUAGAAAAGCCUCUCUCCCGUCGUCUCUCACUCUCUUAGUUCACACUCUCAACAUCAAUACAAACGAUUAACAUAAAAAGCAUCUCCUCCUUUUACUUUUGAUCGAUCAUGUCCUUUUUGCGACGCUAAACAAAAGGUGUUCUCUACCAACUCUUCGCAAAGCGUAGAUGCGUACAUCAAGGUGUGAAGAGAUCGCAAUAAUUUUCAUAAGGCUUAAUGGUAAUUGGGGUAUUUGAAACCAGAGGAAGAGGAGAUUGUAAUGGCAGCCAAACGAAUUGAAGUGACUGAAUUAAGGAUCCGAGACUCCUCCGCCCUUCUGUGUUCUGCCCCUUCCCGUUGGGUACUGGAGCCUUAAUCUGUGCAGACAGAUGCACCUUCAUGAAUUUCAAGCUAAAUCUGAAAGCAUUGACCUGAAGAUUACUGCAAUCAAGCUGAUUGUCGAGUGGAUUUGAUGCAGACGACGUACGCCAUGGAUCCACAGAGCCAAAACACAUCAUUGCAACGGCUUCAAAAUGUUGAAAAGAGAAUAGUUAGGGUAUUGGAGUUAGCUGGCAGCGUAAUGGACGAACUGGCAAACCCUAGCAGUCCAAGAAAGGAGCUUGUUAAUAGUCACUGCAGUGAAUUUAUGCAAUUGAUCAAGGACAUCCAAGUGACACUGCGAGAAGAAAUCAAAAGUGCCUGUGAGUAUCGUCCUUUUGAGAAGUGUGACUACGUUCCAAGAAUAUCUAACGAGAUCUGUUGCAAGAAACUGGAACAUGUCAUUGCACAGUUAGACGAAAUGAAGCAUACAAUUGAAGGGUAUCAUGCUGCAGUUUGAAACUCUGUAUGUUUUAGCAUUCACCACUAGGUUGCUUUUAUAGGAUUCCUGUUAUUUGAGGUUAGGAUAAUGGAUUUAGUUGGUCUGCAAGGACAUUUGAUUAGCUCUGAAUGUACGCUCGUGGCAAGUAGAUUUCCUAUUCGCUUCUUCAGUAAGAUUAGGAUCGACGUAAACAAAUUGUAUUACAGAGCUUUGUAUAUAUUUUUGCGUUAAAAAUGCUUGGUAUGAAACACUUCCAGAAUCUGUUGUGCAA